UACCACUUCCCCACACAGCAUUCUCUUUCUUUUGCUCAUACCACUACCUCUCCUUUCUACAGCAUCAACACUCUUCUCUCUCCUCUCUCCCCACAAAUAUAACAAUGGCUCCCAUUACUCGUCUCGCUGUCCUCGCGAUGCUUGCCUCCGCAGCAUUCGUCAAUGCUGUCCCAGUCCUCGCACCCGUGGAGCCUUCGGGUGCCGUGCCCGCUUUGGCGGCCAGUGAUGCCUUUGCCUCAGCCCCCGAGACGUCCAGUCCUGUUCUGGAGAAGCGUGCUGUUGCCACCGUCAUCACUAAGUGCACUAAGCCAGGCACUAUUGCCAUCACCUUUGACGAUGGUCCAUCGGAUUUCACCAACGGUCUUCUUGAUAUCUUGAAGAAAAAGGGUGUCAAAACAACCUUCUUCUUGAACGGUGUCAACUAUGGCAAUAUCACUGACCGCGCAGACGUUGUCAAGAGGGCUUACAAGGAGGGACAUCAGAUUGCAUCCCACACCUGGAGCCACCAAGACUUGGCCACCCUUACCACAAGCCAAAUUAAAACCGAGAUGAAGAAACUCGAUGACGCGGUCAAGAAGAUCAUCGGCGUGCGCCCUGUGUUCAUGCGCCCUCCCUAUGGUAGCGUGAAUGACCAGGUCCUCAGUGUCUUGGGAUCGCAAGGCUACAAGGUUGUUACCUGGGAUAAGGACACCGAGGACUGGAAGCACCCUACCGACGUCGCUAAGAGCUUGAAGGUUUACACAAAGAUUUUCGGCACUGCUGGCGAGGUCAAGAAGGCCGGUCACAUCGUCCUUGAGCACGACACCCACGAGUUGACAGCACUGUCGCUGGCUCCCCAGGCCAUCGACCUGGCCAUCAGCAAGGGCUUCAAGGUUGUCCCCGUUGGUACCUGCUUGGGUGUCUCCAGCAGCGCCUGGUACAGGAAAUAAAUAUCGACUCUUGAAUCGAUUUGCCAGCUCUAGAAUCAUUUUCUGCUUCAACAGAAGCUGGGAUUCAUGAACGUAUUUAAUUAGUACAUCUAUUCCAUAAUCAUCGCAACCUCCUUUUACAAACAUUCGUAGUUCAGUGCGAACUCUCUCCUCUCUUCACAUGGUAUAAAAUAGCCCAAGGGCAAUAAAAUACUAUAUCC